AGAAGAAAGAAGUAAACACACGCCGGCCGCUUCCAAACCAAACUUAUUUCUCUGUGUUGUUUACACUCUGAUUUGUUUCCCAUUGUAGUGCUAAAUUCGAGUGCUUUGUGUUUUAUUUCGUUGGAAGCCGAUCACCUCUUCGCCCAUUCAAAAUGACGAGCGGAAUGUUGUACGGAGGUGAUGAGAUAGGAGCGUUGGUCUUCGACAUAGGCCAUCACUCCCUUCGCGUAGGUUAUGCUCAGGAAGAUUCGCCUAAAGCUGAAAUUCCUGCUGUCGUGGGCAUCGCUGAAGAUGGAAACUCAAACGCUGUUCCUCAGACUGACGCGAUGGACAUUGACGACAAAAUGCCAGACAGUAACAUUACUCAGAACAAAUAUUUCAUAGACACUACGAUCCUCCAUGUAGCCAGGAAGGGUAUGGAAGUGACAAGUUAUAUGAAAGAUGGCAUGAUUGACGAUUGGGAUCUUUUUGAGAAAGUACUAGACUAUACGUAUGGCAAGAGCAUUCAGUCCCAGUCAGAAUUACACCCUGUACUGAUGUCGGAGGCUCCUUGGAACAUAAGAGGCAAACGAGAGAAGCUGACAGAAAUUAUGUUCGAGAAAUACAAUGUACCUGCAUUCUUUCUGGUAAAAAACGCAGUUCUUGCUGCCUUUGCUAAUGGAAGAGCCACAGCUCUUGUUGUUGACAGUGGAGCAACACAUACUUCCGCAGUUCCAGUGCAAGACGGAUUUGUUCUGACACAAGGAAUUGUAAAAUCCCCCUUGGGAGGUGAUUUUAUUAGCAUGCAGUGCAAACAGUACUUACAGGACAAUGACAUUGAUUUGACUCCUUCUUACAUGAUUGGUAGUAAGGAGGCUGUAAAAGAAAAGGAGAAGCCUCGGUAUGUCAAGAAGAAGGUUAUUCCCGAAGUAACUCAGUCAUGGCACAAUUACAUGACCAAGAAAAUUAUACAAGAUUUCCAAAUCACUGCUCUUCAAGUAUCUGAAACCCCAUAUGAUGAAAAAGCUGUUUCCUCAAUUCCAUCUGUACAUUAUGAGUUCCCCUCUGGAUAUCAUCAGGAUUUCGCCAAUGAACGUUUCCACAUCCCAGAGGCACUUUUUGACCCAAGUGUUGUGCCCAUGCGAGGUGGUGUUGUUGGUAAUACCAUGCUGGGUGUUGGACAUAUUGUAACAACGAGUGUUGGAAUGUGUGAUCCAGAUGUAAGGCCAGCACUCUAUGGAAGUGUUGUAGUCACAGGUGGAAACUCUUUCAUCCAGGGAUUCCCAGAGCGUUUGAACAGAGACUUGUCCAUGCGCAUUCCUGCUAGUAUGAGAUUGAAGAUGAUCAGUGCUAACGGGUGCAGCGAAAGGCGGUUUGGAGCAUGGAUUGGAGGCUCUAUUCUUGCAUCAAUUGGUACUUUCCAACAAAUGUGGAUUUCUAGCCAAGAAUAUGAAGAAGCAGGGAAAGGACAAGUAGAUAGAAAGUGUCCAUAAGUAUUGAAUACAUGUUGGGUCCAUUUAAUUUUUAAUUUCUUUUUGUAAAAUUUUGUCACCAAACAUAUUUUGCUUCUUGGAUUCUUGGUUUUAAAGAGUUUAUGCUCAUGUACAUUUGAACAAAUCUAUUAUUUCCUCUAUUCUUUGGGGAAAGUUUGUCCUCGUUUGUACUCAGAAGAUCUAGAAGUAUUGAUUUCUUGGAAAAUCAAUUUUAUCUGGUGAAGAUUGUACUUUUAUCCAUUGUGAUUUAUUUUCGUUUUGUAAGAAUCUUGUCUUGAUUAUCAGUAUAGUGUGUGCAUGUGUGAGUGUAAGUAUGUAUGUAGGCAGGCCUAUUUGGUAGCUCUGUAAUAAUCAUUGAUGAAAACCAAUAAUGAUAAUCUGUUCUAACUUUUAAAGGUACUUAAGAACAGCUUUCAUAUUUAUCUAGAAAUUGCCAAGCUUAUAAUUUGUAAUAAUGAAAUAAUGCUAUUCCCAAUGAUUUGUUAAAAAGUCCUGAGGAUCAAGUGCAUGCAUUGCCAAUGAUAAUUGGUCAUAUUGAAACAAUUUAAAGAAUUAAAUACUUGUUCUGCAAUCUGCUCCAUGGUAGUGAACAAGAUACAGACAUUAAAAUUAUGAACCUAUACCAUCCGGUAUAAAUACUUGAAUUGUAAAUAGUAUUGAAUAAAUCAUUCUACUGUA